AUGCAUAUGCACAUCCCCGCCCGCCCGUCGGCCUCGCAGCGGAGCUUGAGGCGGCGAGCGAAGAGGAGAGCGGGAGGCGGCGCGGCUGUAGCGCCUGGGAGGCCGAGGCUGCGUGCUCCCUCGCUGAGCCCGCGGCUCCAGAGCCGGCCGUCGCGGGCGUCCGGGCCCGCGUCCUGCCUCAGCGCCCGGAGGACAUGCGGGAGAGAGAAUGAGCCAGAGGGACACGCUGGUGCAUCUGUUUGCCGGGGGAUGUGGUGGUACAGUGGGAGCUGUUCUGACAUGUCCACUGGAAGUUGUAAAAACACGACUGCAGUCAUCGUCUGUGACACUUUAUAUCUCUGAAGUUCAGCUGAACGCCAUGGCUGGCGCCAGUGUCAACCGAAUAGUGUCUCCUGGACCUCUCCAUUGCCUGAAGGUGAUCUUAGAAAAAGAAGGACCCCGUUCCUUAUUUAGAGGAUUAGGCCCCAAUAUAGUGGGCGUGGCCCCUUCCAGAGCAAUAUACUUUGCUGCCUAUUCAAAUUGCAAGGAAAAGUUGAAUGGUGUAUUUGAUCCAGAUUCUACGCAGGUACACAUGAUUUCAGCAGCGAUGGCAGGUUUUACCUCAAUCACAGCAACCAACCCAAUAUGGCUUAUAAAAACUCGACUACAGCUCGAUGCAAGGAACCGUGGGGAAAGGCGAAUGGGCGCUUUUGAAUGUGUUAGCAAAGUGUAUCAUACAGAUGGACUGAAAGGAUUUUAUAGGGGCAUGUCUGCUUCAUAUGCUGGUAUAUCCGAGACUGUUAUCCAUUUUGUCAUUUAUGAAAGUAUUAAGCAAAGGCUACUGGAAUAUAAGACUGCUUCAACAAUGGAGAGUGAUGACGAGUCAGUAAAAGAGGCAUCAGAUUUUGUUGGAAUGAUGCUUGCUGCUGCCACCUCAAAAACAUGUGCCACAACCAUAGCAUAUCCACAUGAAGUUGUAAGAACAAGACUACGUGAAGAGGGGACAAAAUAUAGAUCUUUUUUCCAGACACUAUCUUUGGUUGUUCAAGAAGAAGGCUAUGGGUCUCUUUACCGUGGUUUAACAACUCAUCUGGUGAGGCAGAUCCCAAACACAGCCAUUAUGAUGGCCACGUAUGAACUGGUGGUCUACCUACUCAAUGGAUAACAACAUCAGGCUGCUGUACUAGAAAGAGGAAAGACCAAAAGACUACAGUGGACCAUGGAAUAUCAAAACCAGCAUGGUGGGCAGAAGAAAAAAUGUUCGGGAACAUGUAGCUAUGCCUAAGUGGAAGUUGGGUGUAAGAAUUAAUCAUGCCACAUUACUUGGUCUUUCAGUAAUGUGAAGAAACAUCAGCUGCCUCUAAGGAAAUAAUGCCUUUAGAAGCACUCCUUUGUCAGAAUUGCCAUUUUCUCUACCCUGCCCACAGCACACAGUUGCAUUUGUUGAUUCAUGACCAUCAGAAUGUAGUUUUUUUUUAAUUUUUUAUGAGCACUUUUCCCAUCGUCUAAACAAAAUUAUUCCUAGUUAAUAUACUGUAAUGAUCUAGCAAUCCUGACAUCUAGCUUUUAAUUCAUGUAAAAUUGUAAAACAGCAACAAUAGACAGAUCUUUAGUAUUUUCACAUUUCCAUAAGGACUCCUGGCACAACAUUGAAGGUUAACUGUUUGGUAUUAUAAGUAGUCACUGUUUUGAUACCACUGUAAUGGUAUCAGAAUACCAUGUUGUGUCCUUUUAGCUUUAAAAUGCUUUUGUUUCCCCUGCUAACAGGUGCCAGGCGUCUAGCAUAAUGUGGACAUUUACAUUGUUGUCAUAUCAAACUCAGCUGUAAUAGUUUGACACAAAAUCAACCAGUAAAGUGUUGAUCUCUAGCCAUUUAAAUGAAUUAAACAUGUCCUCUAUUUUCUGACAUUAUCAUAUUCUCAUGAACAAUGCUGGUUUUCAGUGAUUUAUUUUGAGCUUGAAUUAAUCACCUUUUAUCAUUUUCUUAAAGUGGGAAAAAUUGACUACUUCUGAAUCUUUUUGUUUGCUUUUACAUCAGAAGUAUAGGCCUUUGGAUUAUUUUCAGAUUUGUAUAGAUUACAUUUAUUUUGUAGAGAAAAUGGUAAUGUUCAGUUUUUGCCCUUAAAAAUGUUCUGAAGGUCAUAGUGUAAAACUCGGGCAGUUAGUUACAAACAUUACAGAAGAGGGGCCCUCUGCUGUCUGACUAAGUAGGUAGUGAUCCUAGCUCUCUUGACUACUUUUAACAAGAAAUUUAUUCUACCCUAGUUUCUUGUAUGGCAAUUUAUAAAAACAAAAGAUAAAAACUAAUUCAAAUUAAGUGUUCUAGCAGGAUACAGCUUUUACUGCUGUUGAGUCAACUGAACCUUUUAAUACAUUAAAUGUAUUAUAUGACCCUGA